CAUUCUUCGCAUUCCUUUUUGAUGGCUAUUUACGUCACUGGUCUAUUUACGAUCGCAACGCACUCGUGUCAGGAUCAGGUAACGCGCCGUGUGUCAGAUCGCACACAGUUGCAAGCCGCUGCGUCGAUCGGUAGUGUAAACAUGUUGCUGAGAAUUGUUUGUGCUGCAGUUUUGGUGCAUUUUUGUCUUGCCGCACCAAGCGGGUACGAGCAUGAAGAUUCACGGGAAAAUUCGAUCACCAUCGUAGAUCAGCAGCAUCCGUUCGAUCUACUCAUCUUCACGCAACGCUGGCCAAUCACCGCUUGCUACGAGUGGCGUGAAACGGGCAAGGGUCACAUCUGUGGCCUACCCUCGCCGGCCACCGUCUGGACGAUUCAUGGCAUUUGGCCGACAAAGUGGAACACAAUCGGACCCGCCUUCUGCAACAAAUCGGCCAUUUUCGAUCCAUCGCAACUCGCCCCGAUCGAGCAGCAGCUCAAGGAGCAUUGGCUGAAUGUGGAGAAAAACAAGCCGGACGAUUCGCUGUGGGAGCACGAAUGGUUGAAGCACGGCACCUGUGCCGCCGAAACCAUCGAGCAGCUCAACACGGAAAGCAAAUACUUUCAGCAGGGACUUACCUGGCUGGAGCAACAUUCGGUCGAUGGCGCUUUCGCCGCGAGCGGUGGCAUUCAGCCCGGUUACAAUUACAGCCUGGCGACACUCAACAAAGCGCUGGUUGCAUACUACGGAAAGAAUGUGGCGAUCGAAUGCUUCUACGAUCACAAGACGCGCCAGCAGCUGCUGAACGAGGUGCGCAUCUGCUUCGACAAGCAGCUUCAAUCGGCAGAUUGCGAUGGCAUUGUGGGGCUGGAACGUACGGCAUUGCCCGAAUCGCGGGUUGCCACGGUCAUUAGCAACUGUAACGGGGCCAAGUCCAUCUUCAUUCCGGCCAGUGUGCCGGCCGAUAUGCAACCGAAGGUGAAACGUCCCGAAACGGUGGUGUACGAACGGAUUACGGAACGAAAGGAUGGUCAACAGCAAUCGUACGAGUUUGUCGAGGUAAUUUUAGUGUAAAUUUUGUGCCCGGGAAGUUGACUGGACCGAUUGCAGAGCCAAAGAGGAUAAGGAACAGCACGUAGAAUUAUGUGUUCGGACGAUUAAUAAAUCUCCUCACCAAUUGGGAACAGCAAU